AUGAACGAAGAGGUUUUAAGCACUACUCCGCUAUGGAGAUAUGUGACUAAGAAGGAUAAAGUUAAAGGUGGUGGUAAUUGGAAUUUUGUAUGUAACCACUGUCAAGUUCCAUAUUCGGGUUCAUAUUCAAGAGUGAAAGCACAUUUGUUAAAGAUUCCAGGCUCUGGAAUUAGAAUAUGUCCAAAGGUCAGAGAACAUAAACUUCAGGAAAUGAAACAAUUGAGUGAUGAAGCUGAGGCCAGAGCAAAAGCAUCUAAGUUUAAAAGUGUGCCUCUGCUAACAUGUGGAUCAGGUAGUGGUUCUUCUUUUGCGUCAAAUUCUUCAUCACUUGUUGAAGAUCCUAGGAAGAAGAAAAGAGGGGUUGAGAGCCCAAUAGAGAAAUUGUAUAAUGCUGCCAGACGUGAAGAAAUGGAUAGCAUAAUUGCACGGUUGUUUUAUGCAGCUGGCUUGCCGUUCCAUCUUGCUAGGUGUCCAUAUUAUAAAGUUGCAUUUAAUUUGGCUACAUCAGAUAGUAAAAGCAUUCAAGGUUAUAUUCCGCCGGGUUAUAAUAAACUAAGAACAACUCUUUUACGGAAGGAAAGAGAACAUGUUGAGAAAGAGCUAGAACCAAUUAAGAGCACUUGGAAAGAAAAAGGUGUGAGUAUUGUGACCGAUGGAUGGACCGACGAACAACGAAGACCCCUCAUGAAAUUUAUGGCUGUUUCAGAGGCUGGUGCAAUGUUUAUUAAAGCAGUCAACACUCAAGGGUCAGUGAAGGACAAAGAGUACAUUUCUAAGUUGAUCAUGAGACAAUACGGAAUCCACACACUAAACCUUGCUUUAAAGAAUAUAUGUCAUCCGAGAGAUAUUCGAACUAAUGUUUUAGUAUAUGAAGGGUGUGCUUGGAUUAGUGAAAUUAUUGCUGAGGUGGUACUGAUCAGAAACUUCAUCACUAAACAUUCCAUGAGAUUAGCCAUGUUUAAUGAACAUGUGGAGUUAAAAUUAUUCACACUUGCAGAGACACGUUUUGCCUCUAGUAUUAUAAUGCUUCAAAGAUUUAAAGAUGUGAAGCAAGGACUCCGUAACUUGGUAAUUUGCAAUCAAUGGUCAUCAUAUAAAGAUGAUGAUCCUAAUCAAGCAUUGUUUAUAAAAGAGAAGUUGUUGGAUGAUGAUUGGUGGAACACUUUGCAGUAUGUUAUUGAUUUUACAAAACCUAUCAUAGAAAUGCUUAGAUUAUGCGACACAGACGAGCCUUGUCUUCACUUGGUUUAUGAAAGGUGGGAUCGAAUGAUAGAUGAGGUAAAGAGCAUUAUACAUCGCCACGAGGGCUUACAAGAAUAUGAUAUUUCACCAUUUCAUAUGGUGGUGGACGGGAUUUUAACAGAUCGUUGGAGUAAAAGUAGCACACCGCUUCACUCUUUGGCACAUUCAUUGAACCCAAGGUAUUAUAGUCGUCAGUGGCUUGAUGAACGUCCAGGGCGUGUUCCACCACAUAGAGAUCUUUUGAUUGCAGGUCAAAGAUUGAAGUGUUUCGAGAGGUAUUACGAUGCGGAUGAGUUAAGAGAAGUUAACAUUGAGUAUGCUAAGUUUUCAUCUUGCCGUGAAGAAUUUGCAAAUGCAAAUACCAUAAAUGAUAGAUGGAUGAGAGAAACUGGAGUACGUAUAGUUUCAUAA